AUCGAAGAGGUGAUUCGAUUUCAAAAUUAUCGAAUCACCUCAGUAUGUAAGAUAACAUAAAAUUUUGUUUACUACGUACUAUAUUUUUUUUUAUUCUACGUAAACAGACAAGAGUGAAUUAUUCAUGUUUUCAAACUUUUAGAGAUUAGUUUAUUUUCUAAAUGAAUCACACGUGGCGUUUGUAAAUGCUAUUUUUAGUGUCAUAAUUCGGCGGGAAAUAAAAGAUAAUGAAGCAAAGCUGGUCAUUACCAUUAGAAUUGUCAGAUAUGAUUGCAUAAUAAUAAUGAGCCAACAAUUUUAUUUUAAAACGUAUCAGAACAAAGUCGUUUAUUUGUAAAUAAACAUGUUUGAUCAUGGGAAGUGUGCGUUUCUGGUAAUGAAAUUCCUUUCUGAUGUAAGUUCACGGUUAAUAAUGUUUAAUUAAUUCGUAAUCCUAAUUCGUUAUCUGAUCUUUAUCUGAAACUGAUUAUAAUUAAAACUACGGGAAAAAAAGCUGAAUUACAUUUAAACUUAUAAUAUUCAUAGCAGAAGGUUUGUUUUACAUUCUGUAAUUUAGAAUUACUUUCAUGAAUUCAAAAAUACUUCAUAAUGGAGAGAGUAAAAUAUGAUUGUUGCUGUUAUUCUUUGCUGGCAUUAAAUAUAAUUGAUUUCGAAGGAAGAUGCCAGAACUAUUUGUCUUCAAGAGCCCCACACAUGGAAUGGGCCUUAUUGUCUUUACGACAACUGGGACAAAAAUGCAAACUGAAGACUGACAGAAAUGGCGUUGAGUACGAAAUUUCACAUCAUGUCAACUGUUUUUUGAAAGAUCUCUCUGCAAGCCUAACAAUGGAACUAAACACCCUCAGUUCGUUGACAAAAUUGAAAUAUUUGUACUUCAAACGAAAGUUGACGAGUAUCUUGAAAGGUAACUUUUUUAAUGACUAUUUGUGUUUAAUGAGGAAAAAAAUUCGAGCUUGCACAACUUCGAUGGAAGGAGAAGAACUUGUAAAGAAGUUUAUAAACGUUUGUAAAACACUUAAACUACCUGUUGAGCUGUCAGGAGAGGAUGUUGAACAGUAUGAGUUUAUGGCUGAACUGUUGAACUUUUGCAACACUACUAAAAUAAAAAAUUCUGGUUUGGUCAUUUCUCUUCUUAAAAUGACUAUUGAUAGAUGUGGAAUAGCCCCGUUUGAUUCUCUUUAUGUUCGUCAACCACUAUAUCCUGAAGAUUUUUUGGAAUACAUUCUAGAACAUGUAAGGAAAGAGAAAUUCGAUAUGAGCACAUAUUGUCUGCACCACCCAAGAACAUUAUGGGAGUAUUCAAGAAAUUUUAGUGUCAUUAACGCUGUUUCGUUUGGAAAUAUUCAAAGGGUUAAAACCCUCUUGCAGUAUGGAUUCGAAGUUUUUCCCAAUGUUGAGUUGAGAAGAAGUAGUCAUGGGUUUCCUUACAUUGAUGAUAUCCUACCAACUCGUUAUCUAAUGGUACUACGGAUGAUGUGUUGCAUCCGUUCCGUGAAUUUGUUUCUUGUGCAUUCUCCAAGCGCUUCUUCAAACAGACUGUAUAUUGCAUCAGACGAGCAGAAACAGUGUUUUUAUCUACUUUGGCAAGCGAUCCAGGAUCCAUAUGUAAAACACGCAGAAAUGCUUUCUGCCAUAUUUGCUGAAUAUCUUAUUUUAGCGAAACAUAACGUUUUAAAUCCGAUGAGGUAUGAAAAGAACGUUAAGUUUAGUAUGAUGUAUGAACGAUGUUUUACUGAUUUGGCUUCAGGACAAAAGGAACCAAGAUCACUCAUGCAUUUAAGCAGAUAUGCAAUUCGAGACAGACUAAAGGAAUCGUGGAAUCUUCCUCAUGGUAUUUUUCAAUUGCCAGUUCCAAAACGAUUGCAUGAAUAUCUUAAUCUAGAGAGCGAUUAGAGAUUAUAUAUUAAAGGUUAUUUUCAAUUGCUUUCCUUAAUUCGAAUUGACAAGAGUCGUAAUUUAAAGAACGGUUGAAAAUGCUAUUCUAAAGACUGUAUGCUAUAUUUAUGGAAAACUUGUACAACGUUUGUAAAUAUGUAAUUCAUCUAAGAGAAUUUUUCCUUCUUAUUUAUUUACCACAUAAUUAAAGUUGUUAUUAAAAGUAAAUAGAGCGUUGAAAAAAUAAAAAUGCUUGCAUUGAGUCUUGUACAUAGGCAUUGUUUAACAAUGUGUGUUGGAAGAACAAACAGAUAAAUGCAUGACGAAGCUAAAAUGUAGAAGCAAAAACAUGAAUAGUCAAACACUUAAAUUUAGAAAAAGCUAACCUAAAAUGUAGAAUAAUUGUAAUAAAUUUCAGAAUUCCCAAUUAACUUUUGUUUAAGAUCAGAAUUUUUUCGUUUAGAACUCAUUUAAAAUUCUCAGACAUAUAUUUUUUAGAAAAAUAUUUCAUGUAAUACACUAAAUUCUAACAUAAUUGCUUAUGGUACUAUGAAUAAUAUGAUUAUUUACCUGGUAGCAAUACUCUAAAGUGAAAAACAGUUGUCUAAACAGUGCGUACUAAAAACAAUGGCAGCAAUACUCUAAAAAUCCAUUAUUUUUUUGCCACACUUAUAAGCAAUGAUAAAAAAAUUCGAUAUUCGAAGUUAUUUGAAAAAGAAAUUACUUUUGCGCAACAGAUAUAGAUAAAAAUAUAUGAGUAAUUGUAUCAUUUUUAAGAAAUUUUAUCAGAACUACUUUUUUUCUAGUAAGGUCAUGUUAACAAAUUUAAGGGAUUGGAUUUAAUUGCAAAAAAAUUAUUUAGUUUUUUACCUUAAAUUAUUUAAUUUUUUAACAGUUUUUUGGGGGAGGAUUUCUAAAAAAAAUUGCCUUUUCUAAAGACUCGGAUGCAAAUUUGAACUUCAGUACUUAUAAAUAACCAAAUUUAUUAAUUCUGCUAGCAUAAAUUCAAGCAAACUCGAUGAGAAAUUGUUUAAUGAACAUGCGCAUAAUGCACUAGAGAAAAUAGCUCCCCAGUGUCAGCCUCUCUCCUUGGCCCGAUGAUAAACUUUACUAUUAUCGACGUAUAUGUAAACAAAUUCCUUCAUUGGGAUUUUUUUCUAUUUAAAAAAUUUAUCAGAUGGUGGCAAAACCAUAAGGGAAAAAAUAGCUUAUCAUCGACAUUUAUAAAAUCAAUGAAUUUGGUAUGAAGUAUACUUCAAAUAGCCUCACAGGGUUAAGAAUCAUUGUUGUAAUACUGGAUCUUUCUUUUUUAAAGUUAUCUAUUUUUUAAUGAAUUUUUUAUCAAUUUUCUAUCAAAUAUAAUAUUUUUAAUGGAAACUUUUUUUUUUUUUUACAGCUUUAAUUCUAAACUAAAGCAGUCAUUUUUGAAAAUUAUAUAUUUAGAGCAUGGAAAAAAUAUUUAUUAUUGUAGAUGUAAAUUAUUUAUGGCUAUAAUUGUGAAAUAUCUGUAAUUAUAAAUGUGAAAUUGUAAUUACCAUUCGUGUGAAAAAUAUGAUUCGCAGUACUUUGAAUUAUUAAUUUCCUGUAUCAAUUAUCAUGUACAAAUAUCAUGAUGCAAUAUGCCGUUUUAUCAAUUGUGAAAAGAAUCUAACUUUGAUGAAGUAGAGCAGAGAAUGUUAGUUUUAAAUUUAUUUAACAAUUUAUGACAAAAUAUAACCAUAUGUACUUAAUACCUGUGAUAUUUUUUUGUUCAUUAUUAGUUAUCAACUUUACCUGCUCAUUUUGAUAUUUAUCAGUUAGUUUCAUUUAUUUAUUUUAUCUGACAGUUGUGUGAUAUUUUACAUCAAAUCAUUUUUUUAUUUAUUCAUUACUAUAUUAGGCUGCAACUUACAGAUUUUAUACAUCUUCAUGUAUUUUUGUAUUUUAUAUCUAUUUUUAUAAAAAUAUAUACCUUCAUUUUUCACUUAUCAAUGUAUUAUACUUUCUACUGUAUUUAUUUAUGAUUUUGAAACAUGAAAAAUAAAUAAAAUGAAUUAAUGUAA